UCAAAUAUUAUUCGAAAAUAACUUGGAGAAGUGGAGAAAUUCUUUAAACCUUCCGCUGGAAAUACCAAAUAUGAAUUUUUCCGAUUUAAGCAGACCAUCAUCCCCAGCUCUAUCAACUGAAUCUGAUGUGCCUUCGACAUCGAGAUCAUCUCGUUUUUCACCUUAUAGAAGAUCGUCAACUCCAUCAGACGAAAUUACUAUGAUAACAUUAUCAACUAUUUUAAAUGAAACCCCAAAGGGCAUUAUGUUGAUAGAAUACUACAAAAAAUAUGAAAAAUUUGAUGAUGAACAAAGAUCAUUAUUGAUCAAUACUUGUGCAAAUUUUUUCGAAAAAAAUAAUAUUAAGAUGUCGAUGGCAGAUAGUUAUAGACUUGAAAAAGAAAUAUUAGAAAGAUUUCCUACUCAAAAAUUAGAAUGUUAUCGAACAGGUAAACGCGGAAAAUUAUAUACUAAACUUGCCAAUUUAAAAUCUUCUUUUAAAACAACAGUUGGGAAACAUAUUUUGGCAAAAAAAGCAGAAAGUUCAAAACUAUCAACGGGAUCAUCAGAGAAAAUCUUUGUUCCAGAAAACGAUGCGGAAAGUUGCAUUAAUGCAACUCAAAUUUGACAAACUGACAUCAGAAACAUUUGACAACUGUUGGAAAGCAUGUGGCCAACACCGAUUAAAAGAAAUAAACAGUGUUGCAAACACGGCAGCUAUUUUUGAAAAGUGGCCCUUUUAUAAAAAACCAUCUUGCUUUAGAUUGGUACUUAUAUUAAACGGAAAUUUAGAACUAACAAACAAAUUAAUUCUUAAAAUGUUUUACAGAUUGACAUGGAUUUUAAUGUCUUAUUUUACACGAGAAAUGGUCUGUUAAAUAAGUGAGAGACUUGCUUAAAUAAUCUUAUAUCGUUUUUAUGCAAAGAUAAUCAUGUGAAAGACAAAUCCAUAAAAGCAUACCUACAAAUGUUAAAACAGGAGACACUUUCUGAAAUUUUUUAGAGCCUCCACGGUUACUUAUUGGUUCCAACCAACAAAAUUG